UUUGCUUUGUUGGUGACACUUUCUUGGUUUUGCUUUAUCCAUAAGAGCUUUUGGAUAUAUGGUGAUUAGAUUUAUGUGAUUGUUUUGUCCAUCUUAAUUCAGUCUUCAGUGAUGCUCUUUUUCAUAUAUAAAGAAAGAAGUUGAUUUUGAGCCCAUUAUACAGAGUGAAUUUUCUUGCCAUGAAAAUGAUUUGCGCAGUCCUGAACACAUACCAUCCAUGCUGAUGGGACAGGAUCCAAUAUGAAUAUAAAUGAUGGAGGAAGACGACGCUUUGAGGAUAAUGAACAUACAUUACGCAUAUAUCCUGGGACAAUUUCAGAAGGGACAAUCUACUGUCCGAUUCCUGCCAGAAAAAACUCCACGGCUGCUGAGGUGAUUGACUCACUUAUAAACAAGCUUCAUCUUGACAAAACAAAAUGUUAUGUUCUAGCAGAGGUAAAAGAAUUUGGUGGAGAAGAAUGGAUACUCAAUCCAACAGACUGUCCAGUUCAGCGAAUGAUGUUAUGGCCCCGCAUGGCUCUGGAAAAUCGCCUGAGUGGAGAGGACUACCGUUUUCUUCUAAGAGAAAAAAACCUCGAUGGAUCAAUUCAUUAUGGUAGUCUUCAGUCAUGGCUACGGGUAACAGAAGAACGUCGCAGGAUGAUGGAACGGGGUUUUCUUCCACAGCCUCAACAGAAGGACUUUGACGAUUUAUGUAGCUUACCUGAUUUGAAUGAGAAAACUCUCUUAGAAAACCUACGAAAUCGCUUUAAGCAUGAAAAAAUUUAUACCUAUGUUGGCAGUAUUCUAAUAGCUAUUAACCCAUUCAAAUUUCUUCCUAUUUAUAACCCCAAAUAUGUCAAAAUGUAUGAUAACCAUCAAUUGGGAAAACUUGAGCCUCACAUUUAUGCUGUGGCUGAUGUAGCUUAUCAUGCCAUGCUUCAGCGCAAAAAGAAUCAGUGCAUCGUUAUUUCAGGAGAGAGCGGUUCUGGAAAGACGCAAAGCACAAACUUUCUUAUUCAUCACCUUACUGCCCUCAGUCAGAAAGGAUUUGCCAGUGGAGUGGAACAAAUUAUUCUUGGCGCUGGACCAGUACUUGAGGCCUUUGGAAAUGCAAAGACAGCUCAUAAUAACAAUUCAAGUCGUUUUGGCAAGUUUAUUCAAGUAAAUUACCAAGAAACAGGCACUGUACUUGGUGCCUAUGUUGAAAAGUAUCUACUGGAGAAGUCUAGACUCGUUUAUCAAGAACAUAAUGAACGGAACUAUCAUGUAUUCUAUUACCUUCUGGCAGGAGCAAGUGAAGAAGAGAGAUUAGCAUUCCAUCUUAAACAACCAGAAGAAUAUCAUUAUCUCAAUCAGAUAACAAAGAAACCCCUCAGACAGAGCUGGGAUGAUUAUUGCUUUGACUCUGAGCCGGACUGCUUCACCGUAGAGGGGGAAGAUUUGAGGCAUGACUUUGAACGCUUACAACUAGCCAUGGAAAUGGUAGGAUUUCUUCCCAAGACUCGAAGACAGAUUUUCUCUCUCCUCUCAGCAAUACUACAUUUGGGUAAUAUCUGUUAUAAAAAGAAGACAUACCGGGAUGACUCCAUAGAUAUCUGUAAUCCUGAAGUUCUGCCUGUUGUCUCAGAGUUAUUAGAAGUUAAAGAAGAGAUGCUGUUCGAGGCACUAGUUACAAGGAAGACUGUGACAGUGGGAGAAAAGCUUAUUUUACCAUACAAACUGGCAGAGGCUGUGACAGUGAGGAACUCUAUGGCUAAGUCUUUAUAUAGUGCCCUGUUUGACUGGAUCGUUUUUCGGAUUAAUCAUGCACUUAUGAAUAGUAAAGAUUUGGAGCAAAAUACCAAGACUUUGUCCAUUGGUGUUCUUGAUAUUUUUGGGUUUGAAGAUUAUGAAAAUAACAGCUUUGAACAGUUCUGUAUUAAUUUUGCUAAUGAACGUUUACAACACUACUUUAAUCAGCAUAUCUUUAAAUUGGAGCAAGAGGAAUAUAGAACUGAAGGUAUCAGCUGGCACAAUAUAGACUAUAUUGAUAAUACCUGUUGCAUAAAUCUUAUUAGCAAGAAACCAACAGGCCUGCUCCAUCUUUUGGAUGAAGAAAGCAACUUUCCACAGGCUACAAAUCAAACACUGCUGGACAAGUUUAAGCACCAACAUGAAGAGAAUUCUUACAUUGAAUUUCCAGCUGUGAUGGAGCCUGCUUUCAUCAUAAAGCAUUAUGCCGGGAAAGUAAAAUAUGGGGUAAAGGAUUUCCGGGAAAAAAAUACAGAUCAUAUGCGCCCUGACAUUGUAGCUCUUCUGAGAAGUAGCAAGAAUGCAUUUAUCUCUGGGAUGAUUGGAAUUGAUCCCGUAGCUGUUUUCCGAUGGUCAGUUCUCCGAGCUUUUUUUAGAGCCAUGGUUGCUUUCAGGGAAGCUGGGAAAAGACACAUUCAGAGAAAAACUGGACAUGAUGAUACAGCGCCAUGUGCAGUUUUGAAAAGUAUGGAUAGUAUUAGCUUUCUCCAACACCCAGUCCACCAGAGGAGCUUAGAGAUUCUGCAGAGGUGCAAGGAAGAGAAGUACAGUAUAACUCGGAAAAACCCCAGAACACCUCUUUCUGAUCUCCAGGGCAUGAAUACUCUAAAUGAAAAAAACCAACAUGAAACAUUUGAUUUUGCCUGGAAUGGCAGAACUGGGAUUCGCCAGAGUAAACUAUCAAGUAACACCUCCUUGCUUGAUAAAGAUGGGAUAUUCGCUAAUUCAGCUAGCAGCAAACUCUUGGAGAGAGCCCAUGGGAUUCUCACGAGAAACAAAAAUUUCAAAUCCAAACCUGGGCUUCCAAAGCAUUUGCUAGAAGUAAAGUCUUUAAAGCAUCUGACAAGAUUGACCCUACAGGAUCGCAUUACCAAGUCUCUUCUUCAUUUGCACAAGAAGAAGAAACCUCCCAGCAUCAGUGCCCAGUUUCAGGCCUCAUUAAGCAAGCUGAUGGAAACACUUGGUCAAGCAGAACCUUAUUUUGUAAAAUGCAUUCGCUCUAAUGCUGAAAAGUUACCAUUAAGGUUCAGUGAUGCCUUGGUGCUUAGACAGCUUCGGUACACUGGGAUGCUGGAGACAGUUCGAAUUCGCCAAUCAGGAUACAGUUGCAAAUAUUCUUUCCAGGAUUUUGUGAGCCAUUUCCAUGUACUUCUUCCCCGAAAUAUUAUUCCAUCCAAAUUUAACAUUCAGGAUUUCUUCAGGAAAAUAAAUCUUAAUCCAGAUAAUUAUCAAGUUGGAAAAUCCAUGGUGUUCCUAAAGGAGCAGGAACGACAACACCUACAGGAUCUGCUUCACCAGGAGGUGCUCCGCAGAAUCAUAUUGCUGCAACGAUGGUUCAGGGUCUUGCUGUGUAGGCAGCAUUUCCUCCAUCUGAGACAGGCGUCUGUUGUCAUCCAGCAAUUCUGGAGGAGUUACGUACGUCAGAAGCAAGCCAGAGCUGCAGCUGUGCAGAAAGAUGCUUUCCUUAUGGCAAGUGCGGCCACUCUCCUGCAGGCCUCCUGGCGCGCUCACUUACAGAGGCGGCGGUAUUUGGAGCUGCGGACUGCCGCCAUUGUCAUCCAGCAGAGAUGGAGGAAGCGCUGUAGGCGGAGACACUUGGCUGCUGUCUGUAUACAGGCAAGAUGGAAAGGCUACAGGGAAAGUAAGAAGUAUCAAGAACAAAGGAACAAAAUUAUCCUUUUGCAGUCACUGUAUAGAGGAUUCAGAGCAAGACAAAGAUUUAAAUCUCUGAAAGAACAAAAAGUAAAAGAAGCAAAACUAGAACUUGGAUUGGCAAGUAUCAAGCCAUAUGGGACUCUGGAAAUUCAUGGUUCAGACCCUUCAAAAUGGGAGGAUUGUUCAUUUGACAGCAGAGUAAAAGCCAUUGAGGAAUGUAAAUCUGUGAUAGAGAGUAAUCGAAUUAGUCAUGAAAGUUCAAUGGACUGCUUGAAUGAGUCCCCAAACAAGCGACAGGAGAGAGCCAGAAGUCAAAGUGGUGUGGACUUGCAGGAAAAUGUGAUUGUAAGAGAGAGACCCAAGUCCUUGGAAGAUCUCCACCAGAAAAAAGUGAGUCGGGCCAAAAGAGAAAGUCGGAGAAUGAGAGAACUAGAACAAGCUAUAUUUAGCUUAGAAUUGCUGAAAGUCCGUUCUCUCGGUGGUGUGUCUCCUUCAGAAGAGCGUAGAUGGUCUACGGAACUGAUGCCUGAGGGCCUUCAGUCUUUGCAGGGUACACCUGAUAGUGAAAGCUCGCACGGAAGCUUGGAACUUCUGAGCUGUGAGGAGAGCCAAAAGAGCAAACCAGAGCCCAUAAUUACAGAUGAAAGAGACUUGCCAUUUGUACCACCUGAGGUAUCUUGCAGUUCAGAUUUUGAGCCACAGGACUAUCCUGUCAGUGCUGCAAGUGAGACUAACUAUACAUUGACUCAAAGGGGGCCACCUUCUGACUCAGUGCAUUUAAAGAAUGGGGCUAUGAAGGAAAAGCUGGUUUGCAGUUCUGAAUCUAUUACCUGUAAACCACAGCUGAGAGACCCCUUUGUUUCAAAUAGUUUGCCUACAUUUUUUUAUAUUCCCCAUCAAGACCCACUGAAAACGAGCUCCCAACUAGACACAAGUGUCCAGAGAAGCAAACUAUUAGAAAGUGAAGAAACGCUUCCAUCUCUUACUUUGGAUAUCAGCAGGGAAGCUGGAAAGUACCACCUCCCAGGAGAAAAUCAGGUUGUUGCUUCUUUGAAUACAGAUUCUCCAAAUACCGUGCUUAAGAAAUUAGAAAAGUUGAACACUGAGAAGGAAGAAAGGCAAAAGCAAUUGCAGCAACAGAAUGAGAAAGAGAUGAUGAAACAGAUUCGCCGACAAAAAGAUAUUUUAGAAAAGGAGCGUAAAGCCUUCAAGACAAUUGAAAAGCCAAGAACUAGGGAGAGUUUUCUGGUACCAUCUUUCCAUCAGUCAAAGCAGAGAAUAGAGAGACCAUCCUCUCUUCUCAUCCUGAAAACCCCAAAUAAGGAUGAAGAAUCCAGUAUGGUUGGGACUCUGUCAGUAACUAUAAAAGAUUCUGUUCUUGCCCCAAAAGACAGUCCCUCAACUCACUUACCCUUAAAGGACCGACCUGUCACUCUGUUCUUCGAAAGAAAAGGAGGCCCAGGCCAAUCUCAUACUGUCAAGGAAUUAUCCAAGACAGACAGAAUGUCCACCCAACUGAAUGUUGCCUAUAAACACUCUCAUAGUCGCAUUUCAAAGAGAGAACACCUGAGGCCGGCUCAGCCUUGUAGCCACAAAUCUGAUGACCCUUUCGGAGACGGAGCUACUAAGGCCAUUUUUUUCACACCAAAGGAAAAUAUGAGUAGUUCCCUUGUCACCAUGGAAGCCUUGAACAGUGGAAACCCUCAACUCCAGAAACAAGAUGAACCAACUUGGAAACCUGUAAAGUUAACUGGGCCGGGCCAAGGAGAGCAGGUUGCCAGACCGGCCCAUAAAAAGAAAGCUCGAAUGGCGCGGACGCGCUCCGAUUUCUUGACUAGAGGUACUUUUGCCGAUGGGGAGGGGGAUACAGAGGAAGAUGAUUACGAUGACAUUAUUGAGCCCCUUCUCUCCCCUGACCAAGCUUCUCACUCUGAGCUAGGGCCUGCACCCAGCCUGGGUCAGGCCUCUCACAGUGACUCCGAAAUGACUUCACAGCGGUUUUCUUCAGUUGAUGAAGAAGCAAAGCUUCAUAAGACCAUGUCUCAAGGAGAGAUUACGAAGUUGGCAGUGAGACAGAAGGCUUCAGAUUCAGAUAUAAGACCUCAGAGAGCUAAGAUGAGAUUCUGGGCCAAAGGGAAACAAGGGGAGAAGAAGACUACCAGAGGGAAACCUGAUACCCACUCAGAGGUUUCAGCACUCUUCGCUGGCUCAGAUAUGAUUCCAGCUCAUCAGUUUCCAGAUGAAUUAUCUCAUAAUCACCCAACACCUCCUUUGAGUCCGGAAUUGCCUGGGAGUUGCCGAAAGGAAUUCAAAGAGAACAAAGAGCCUUCUCCAAAGGCAAGGCGCAGGCGAAGUGUGAAGAUCAGCAGUGUGGCUUUGGAGUCUAUGCACUGGCAAAAUGACUCUGUCCAGAUUAUAGCAAGUGCUAGUGAUUUAAAAAGCAUGGAUGAAUUUCUUCUGAAAAAGAUGAAUGACCUAGAUAAUGAAGACAGCAAGAAAGACACACUAGUGGAUGUUGUAUUCAAGAAAGCCCUGAAAGAAUUUCGGCAGAAUAUCUUCAGCUUUUAUUCGUCUGCAUUGGCGGUAGAUGAUGGGAAAAGCAUACGAUAUAAAGACCUCUACGCACUAUUUGAACAGAUUUUGGAAAAGACCAUGAGACUUGAGCAGCGAGAUUGGAGUGAGUCUCCAGUCAGAGUUUGGGUUAACACUUUUAAAGUGUUUUUAGAUGAAUAUAUGAAUGAAUUCAAGACUUUGGAAUAUAUACCCACAAAGGUGCCAAAAACAGAGAGAAAGAAAAGAAGGAAAAAAGAAUCUGAUUUAGUAGAAGAGCACAAUGGUCACAUCUUUAAGGCCACCCAGUAUAGCAUCCCUACCUACUGUGAAUACUGUUCUUCUUUGAUAUGGAUAAUGGACCGAGCCUCUGUUUGCAAAUUGUGCAAGUAUGCUUGUCAUAAGAAGUGCUGUCUGAAAACCACAGCCAAGUGUUCUAAAAAGUAUGAUCCAGAGCUGUCCUCUCGACAAUUUGGGGUUGAAUUAUCCCGUUUGACCAGUGAAGACCGAACUGUUCCUUUGGUGGUGGAAAAGCUCAUAAACUACAUUGAAAUGCAUGGACUGUACACAGAAGGUAUUUAUCGAAAGUCUGGUUCAACUAAUAAAAUCAAGGAGCUUCGACAAGGUCUAGAUACAGAUGCUGAGAAUGUAAACCUCGAUGACUAUAACAUACAUGUCAUUGCGAGUGUAUUCAAACAAUGGCUUCGUGAUUUACCCAAUCCACUCAUGACCUUUGAACUCUAUGAGGAAUUUCUUCGAGCUAUGGGCCUUCAGGAGAGGAAAGAGACAAUCCGUGGUGUAUACUCUGUCAUUGACCAGCUCUCCCGAACUCAUCUCAAUACACUGGAACGCCUCAUCUUUCAUCUGGUCAGGAUUGCUCUACAGGAAGACACUAAUCGAAUGUCUGCUAAUGCUUUGGCCAUUGUGUUUGCACCCUGCAUUCUCCGCUGCCCUGACACCAUCGACCCACUGCAAAGUGUGCAGGACAUCAGUAAGACUACCACCUGUGUGGAGCUUAUUGUUGUGGAACAAAUGAAUAAAUAUAAGGCUCGUCUCAAAGACAUUAGUAGCCUGGAAUUUGCUGAGAAUAAAGCAAAGACCAGGCUAUCACUGAUUCGUAGAUCAAUGGGCAAGGGGCGUCUUCGUCGAGGAAACUAUCCAUGUCCAUCCUCUCCUGCUGUGGUUCGGUUGCCCUCCAUGUCUGAUGUCACAGAAGAGACCUUGACUAGUGAGGCAGCCCUGGAUACUGACAUCACGGAGCAGCAGCAGGCAGCUAUGCAGCAGGAGGAGAGGGUCCUGACCGAGCAGAUUGAGAAUCUGCAGAAGGAGAAGGAAGAGCUAACAUUUGAGAUGCUUGUCCUGGAACCACGUGCCUCUGAUGAUGAAACCCUUGAGUCUGAGGCCUCCAUAGGGACUGCUGAUAGCUCAGAAAAUUUGAAUAUUGAGUCUGAAGGUGCCAUCUCUGAGAAAUCAGAGAGAAGCUUAGCCCUUAUCUCUACGAAGGCAGCUGGCAAGUCUGAACCUUCAAGCAAGUUGCGGAAGCAGCUCAAAAAGCAGCAAGACUCACUGGAUUCAGUGGACUCUUCAGUCUCUUCUUUAUGUUCAUCUGGCACUGCAUCUUCUCAUGGGACCAGAAGACGAUUUCAGAUUUAUUCCAAAUCUCCUUUCUACCGAGCUUCCUCAGCUGGUGAGGCCCUCGGGAUGGAAGGGCCAUCCGGCCAGACCAAAUCCCUAGAAGACAAGCCUCAGUUCAUCAGCAGAGGAACCUUCAACCCUGAAAAGGGAAAACAAAAAUUAAAGAAUGUGAAAAACUCACCUCAGAAAACCAAAGAGACCCCAGAGGGGAUCGUUGUGUCUGGCCGCAGGAAAACUGUGGACCCAGACUGCAGCUCGGCCCAACAGCUCGCUCUCUUUGGGAAUAAUGAGUUUAUGGUCUGAACUGGCAGAUGUGUGUCCCUUCUGGCUACAGCGUGGUGAACACAUCUCAUCUUGGGGCUUCAUCACCUGGUCCACAGUAUCCAUCCUGAGUGUGGUCCUGCCUCUUGCCCGAGCAUACAGCCAGGACCUUGUGUGCCGCGUCCCGGGUGGGCCUCCUGCCGAAGCGGAAAGUCGUCUUUGAAGCCUGCCAGGGAUGGCGCCAGCUGUGCCUUGGCUGCUCUAUCCGACUAGAGGUUUCGCUGAACAGAGCGCCCGGGGCCUUGGGGUUUGGGUCAGCUGAGGAGGUCUUUGUGUUGCCUCUCCUCCCUCCCUUUUUCCCUUCCCAGAGGUGAGUGUGGAACUGGGGGGACAUUGUGGGCUAGAGGGACCCACUGAUUUCUAACAUUUGAAGAAAACAUAUAAACCUUUCUUAACCAUGAAAGCAAAAUCCUUUGGGUUUAUUUUGGGAUAGUUAGGAGCUGGUAUAGAAUAUAAUUUUCUUCCAAGGAUUUGUAAGCAAAAAGCCUAAGCCCUCUAUUUUAAGAUUUUUGAGAAACACUCCAUGUUAUAUUCUGGGGAAAGUUAAAAAAAAGCAGUUGUCUCCAUCAAGCCAUCAGAGCAUGUUUGAGACCUCUGUGGUUAUCCAAUGAAGAAGAGAAGACCUGUUUUGUUUUUCAACAAUGUUUGAUGUCAUAAUAAUCAAUGCUGGUUUAACCCCUGGUUAGUUCCUGCCAAAUGGAUUGCAUGGACCGAAGUUUCAAUAGCCAUACUGUUCUUAUAUCCCCUUAUCCUAGAAUCAGGUUCCUCUAAUAUUUUUUAAAUGUCCCAGAGACAUGGUGAUCCCUAAACAGGAGGGUUUCAUUCUAAUUUAUAUAGGCCUUUCUCUUUGUAUAGAUUAAACUGAAGACCAUAUAUGAACCUGUUUAUCUGCUGGUGGAUUUCCACCACGAGCUCACACAAAUGAUGUGACCACUUAAUCACUUCUCCCUGAGCAUUCACACAUAGCACUGCAUGAAUAAAUGUUACAGAAAGCUGCCAAAAAAGAAAAGUUUUUAAUAUGACCCAUCUAGCUUUUAUCUUUUUUCCUCAGACCAUCAGUAUUAAAUAGAUUUUAAAAAAUCAAGGACUACUUGAAGCUAUUUUUGUUAAUAUUCUGGUUACUGAAGUUUACUGUAAAUAUAUAUAUGUAUAGUGUGCAUAUUUCUUUUUAACUUUAUGCUUCCUUCCUCCCCAUAGAAUUUCUUCCCACAGAUUAAGGGCCAUUGGAUGUGGUGGUGAGAGCCAGAUAUCCCUGGGUUGAGGGAAAAGUCAAACCAUUUUCCUCACCACUGGGUGUCUCCAUGUACCUGAGUUAUAAAAGCAUUUUAAGCUUCUUAGUAUUUGUGGGAUUAGAAGUCUGUUUUUGCUAUUUAUAAUAUAUGGGAAAUGAAACAUGAUGCCCUUUCUUGAGAUAAAUAUGUGAAAAUGUUUCUUUUUUAAAGUUACUAAAUGCAUCUUGUCUAACUACCACAUGCACUGUUCUAAAAAAGAGCCUUUACCAUCUGUAACCUGAAUUUUGGUUAUUCUUCCUUUUCAUACUUCUUUGAGAUGAAGUUACAGAAACCUGAGGACUUUCAUUAAUAAGGCAGAGUCUCUCCUGUUACACACAGUGACCCUCACGCCACUGCCUCUGUGGCUGCUGUCGAGCCCCAGAGGCCGGACGCAAAUAUCACCCCGAGUGGCAGCUCGUGGAAGCAGGCGGCUUUCCUCUCCCUGGUGGGGUUCAGAAAUGACCUCGGGAAAAGGAGUCUUUGUCAGUUUCCAGAAUGAUGAUGGUUAGUAACUAAACGUGUUCGAUUUUAUAACCUGCAAACAUCUGCCACCUUGUUCAUGCUGCCUUGAGGAGUAAUAAAGGUAAAUAAAGUCUUUAAAAAUCUGAAUUCCAGAGAAUCUCCUAGAGCAGAACCCAGCCCCUCAGCAUGGUUGUGUCUGCAUGGGUACCCCAGUCCCUGUGCCAGGCACAGUCUCUCCCAUUAUCCUUGGGAAGGUGGUCUUCAGCCAGUGUUGAGUACUCCUUUCCACUUGUUCCAGGACAUUACCAAAAAAAAGCGAUUACCCCUGUUGAAUAGUUUUCUUUGGCUUAGAGGAAUGGCCUGGGAAACACAUCUUGGCAUACGGUCUCCCUUCUAAAUCUUUGUGGAGUUUUUGUUUUGUUGCUAUUUUGCAAAAUAAGUUUUUGCAGUUAAAAAAAAAUAAAUAAAAAAACUACUCAUAUAGGUCACUUUAUAGGAACCAGGUGAUGGAUGUUAAGAGACUUUAUAAUUUUUUCUCAGGGACCUAAAACCUGAAUUUGGAUAACAUUAAAUAAAUAUUUGUUUUUCAGUUGCUAGAUUUGUGGAUUUCUAGUCAUUUAACAAGCUGUCAGAAUGGAGGGGUGGGGAAAGGGAGAUGCAUGGAAUGCUAAGAAUGGAGAGCAAAGGCGGGACCCUCCCUUUAAAGGAAAGCAUGCUGCUGUUCUCCAGAAUAAUGGGCAUUGUUGGCCUGAAAAAGAUGAAGCCAUAACACUUAACAGCUGUCGGAACCAAGUGCUGUCUCUCCUCUCCUCUGAUCUUAACCAGUCAUCUCUGUGGUUCAUGUUACAUUACCACAAGCUGAUGCUGCAUUACAAUCACUUAUAAUUAAGAUAUUUAACAUCUGUAUGUGUCAAAUGUGUGUUUUCUAUUUGCUUCUCCUUUGCUCAUUUUCUUUGAUCUCAAAUGCCUCAAAGGAAUCCCAUGUGUGGCAGCACAGAGGCAGCCCCUGAUUUGGAGCCCAUACUCUAAAAUGCAGAGCAUUCUCUUCUUACCACACCUUCUCAGCCCCAGAUACAGCCUGGAGUUUUAAUUCUCCCCAUUAAAGCCAACAUAUCCCUUAUCAUGGAAAAUGUAAUGGAAGCAGAAAAGUAUAAUUGUAGGGUCAAAGUGUGUAUACACAAAGUGAAGUAAAUACAGAAAGAAUUCAGGAAGGUGACUUGCUUCAUUUGUAAUGCACUGUGUACUUCCUGCCAUUUUAAAUAUUGUGCCACUCUGGGUUUCUGCGAACACAAAGAAGAUAACAGCCCAGUAUGAGCCUUGUGGAGGCAGAGGGACCUGAAUUCAGAGGAUGCGAUAUAAGAGCCCUCCCUUGUCAUGGGAGUUAGUGGAGACUUCUGUCUUCCAUCACAGUAGGGUUGUUUUCACUGUCAAAGAUGGAGGAUCCCAGAAGCAUGCAGAAAAUAGGAGCUCCAGCAAGGUUCUGCAGGCCCACUUCAGUGCCUGUGGGCCACAUUUUUCUUUUUUAAACUCUAACUGAGGAAUGUGUACCUUUCACAAGCACUUUGGUGAACAAGAGAGAA